UAAGAAGCUUUCGAUAUAUCUGUAUAAUUCGCUCAAACGCUUAUUUAUUUAUGUGUAAUAGCAGCGAUAAUAGACCAAAUAAACAAGCCUUGUGUUCAAUCUAGAUGAUCUAGAAUAAAAUGUUUUGAGGUUAUCUAAAAAAUGAGGUUAUGUCCGACUAGAAAAACCUCCCCAACCACAAAAUAAUGGAAAAAGUCGAGCACAUCUGCUGCGUCUGCCUCGCCCUAGGCCCCCACUUCCGCAAACUAGUCGAAACCAGCGACAGCCCCUCCACAAAGUGCAAACUCCAGUCAUGCGUCCCCGAAAUCGAGUGGAAAGACGACUACACCAUCUGCCUUCCCUGCACCACCGACCUAGACCUCGUUUACUCAUUCCGAGAGAAGUGCCUCAGCAGCGCCACUCUCCGCACCCAGAAAAAAAUAGACCCCCCAUCCCCCAUGCCCGAGUACCACAUCUUCGACAUCGUCAAAGAGGAAUCCACCACGCCGCCCCCACCCGACUCGUCGCCCCCCGAGCCCAAGCCCAAAAAAACCUUCACUUGCGACAUCUGCCAGAACACGUUCAAAACCAGCACCGACUUCGUGGCGCACGCGGUGGCGGAGCACCACCUCGACGCCAAGACCGUGCGACCGUUCAGGUGCUCGCUGUGUCCGAAGCGCUUCGCGUGCGCCACGAAUCUGCCCCGACACUUGCAGUACCACAAAAGCGAGCGCUCGCACGUUUGUACGUUCUGUGGAAAGGGGUUCAAGACCCGGAACGACCUGGGGAUUCACGAGAAGCUCCACUUGAAUAAGAAGGAGUACGAGUGCGAGGAGUGUCUUAAGAGGUUUAACACGCACAAGGAUCUUCGUACUCAUAGGUUUAUAGUUCACACUGACCCCUCUGUGUGGCCCCACGUGUGCGAGUUUUGUUCCAAGAGGUUUCCGACGAAGACUAAUUUCGACGCGCACGUGCGCCGGCAUAAGAAUGAGAGACCUUUUGCUUGUCAUUUGUGCGAUAAGAAGUUUGUUGUGAAUAGUUCGUUGCAGAAGCAUUUUCUGGCGCAUAGUAAUCAGAGAGCGUUUGUUUGUGAUAUUUGUAAGAAGGAGUAUAAGCACAAGAGGGUGAUGAAUGUGCAUAAGAAGCGGGUGCACGGGGUGGGGGAGGCGAAGGUCCCCGAAAGGGUGAAAAGACAUUUGUGUCAUGUGUGUCCCAAGUCGUUUUUUGACAGGAAUAAGCUGGUGAAGCACAUGUGUAGUCACACGGGGGAGAAGCCCCACAUGUGUGGGAUUUGUCAGAAGAAGUUUGUCGAUAAGUCGUACAUUAAGCCACAUAUGAAGAAGGUUCACCACGUUGAUGACGACACGGAGUGAUUUGUUCGAGUAUUAAACUGGAUUUGUACAAUUUUUAAGUAAUAAUAAUGUGUUGACAUUAUUGAGGUUUUGACAU